UACGCGCGAGAGCGAAAGCGAGCUGUUCGUGGGCGUGAGAAAGGCGGCGUUGAGCGCGAAGACUUUCCACGCGUGGGUCCCCCUAUUUCUGCAGCAUGUGGUCUGGUCACGGAGGUUUUGACGGCAAUUAUGGCAAUGUUAGCUAUACACAGUCUCCUGGAGGAUUUACAUCACCUUCUGCAACCCAAAGCGAAAAGAAAUCAAGGUCAAGAGCUCAGAAUAUCGUUCCCUGUACAGUAUCACAACUAUUUUCAGCUGAACAAGUGGAUGAUGUUUUCAGGGUCCGCGAAGUUGAACUUUCACAGGUUAUUAUUGUGGGCAUAAUCAGGCAUGCUGAAAAAGCUCCAACGAAUAUUCUCUACAAAGUGGAUGACAUGACUGCAGCCCCGAUGGAUGUGAGACAGUGGGUCGACACGGAUGAGGAAGGUAGUGAAAAUGUGGUUGUUCCACCAGGAACCUAUGUAAAAGUAGCUGGCCAUCUGCGAUCUUUCCAGAACAAGAAGAGCCUGGUUGCAUUCAAGAUUAUACCCCUGGAAGAUAUGAAUGAAUUUACUACACAUCUGCUUGAAGUUGUCAACGCACACAUGAUCCUCAGAAAAAGCAACAUGCCCCAACCUACAAAAAUGCCUCAGCCCUUUGGUGUAUUUGAGACGAGCAAUAUUUCAAAUGCUGGAGGAAAUGAUACUUUAACAAUGCAUGGUCUUACACCACACCAGUGUCAGGUUCUGAAUUUGAUUAAAAGCUCCAUGACAACCGAAGGGAUAAGUCUCCAUGAUCUGAAAACUCAGUUGCAUAAUAUUAAUCUACAAACACUCAAGAAAGCUGUUGAGUUUCUCAGCAGCGAGGGACAUAUAUACUCCACUAUUGAUGAUGAACAUUUCAAGUCUACAGAUGCUGAUUAAGGUCUGAUUGAUUUAUAAUAAUCUGGGUCCAAAGUUUUAACAGAUCCAAGACUGUUUUGCCUGAUUUGAGUCGCAAAGUACUCUUGAUGUGACACAAGGCUGAAUGGGACAUGUGGACAUGUUUAGAACAGAUGCCUCUGUCCAGCUGUUUUGUGGGAAAGAGGUUGCCAUGGUUUAAGACUCAGCUUUUGUGCCUUUUUUGUAAAUGGAAUCAUCCUUUAAAAAAGUAUUUUUUUACCCAUAUAGCAGUAGUUUAUUCGCAGUAGAUAUUCAAUCUGAGAUGCUUUGCAUUUCACAAAAAUUUUGAAAUGUGAAAAUGUUUUAAAUUUGCACCAACUUGUUUUCUUCUAGCUAAAUACUAUACUAUACAAUUUUGUACACCUGAAGCCCCCCAUAACUUUGUAUAAUCACAUUAUGCAUCCUUGUACAAUGUUGAAUUUUGCCUAACUCAGAAAUCCUACUUACAUAAUUAUGUAAUUUGAUUUGGGGAUAGAUUUUUUUUUUCUCACUGCAAACAGUAGGUUAAGAUUUACUCUUAGUUUAAAAGUUUUAUUUUAAAUUCAGGAGCAGAAUUAACACAUAACCUGGAAUCUGACUUCAUUGUUUGUUCAGUAAUUAUAGAUAACCAGCAUGUACAGAGACAUUAAUGUAGUUUACAUAUUCAAAUUCUGGCUGAAAAUGUAAACAUUUGUGAGUUAAGAAGAAAAUGUUGACAUAUAAUACAUGUAGAAAAUAUAAUAAAAUCUGAAAAUAUCCUUGUGUAAUUAGUCUGAAAGUAUGUUAAAAGAAUAAUGUAAAAGCUUGGUUAGAAUUGCAAGGCCAAAAUGCCAUUUUUUAAACUCCUGGGGUUUAUAUAUCCCAGGGGUUAAAUGAUAAAGAGUUUUUGAUUUUGUAUGGUGAUUUAUUCCUUUCAAAACACAUGUUCUGUUUUAAAUUUAAAUCUUUCUAAUUCUAAUAAAUUGGAAGGAUGAGGUUUUUUUUUAAAAUCAAAUGUUUUCCAAACCACUAUUUGUUCAAUUUAAAACCUAUCUUACCUCCAUUAGUUCAAACAACAUAUUGACCUUUCUCUUAUUUUUCCCAUCCUCAACAACCAUCCUGUGAGGAAAAUUGAAUAAAAUAAUUCAUCCCAAGUCACUCUGAGUUUCCAUGAAUGACAAUGGAUCAUCUUAACUCAACAUUUGAACUUUGUGAUGGAAUGUACCAAGGAGAUAAAUUCAGAGAAUGGAGCGGUUGCAGUCCAGAGUAGAAAGAGGCAACACAGUUUGGGUGUGGGGUGUGAGAGAGGGAGGUUGAAGACAGCCCCUCCCUAAUAGUUCACAGAAUAUAUGGUAGAUGCAGGUAAGAUUGCUUAGUCUGGCAAGAUUAUAUCUAUAGGUGUGAAAACAAUAAAAUAACUUAGUUGGGAA